AUGCAUCUCCCAGAGCCCACCGGUUACAGGAUGUGCUCUUUAAACUGAUGCUCUCAGUCUGAUCCAGAGAGAACCCGUUAAUGCAUGUGGUUUGGCGGUUAAACGCAGCUGAUGCGUAUGGAGAGAGGAGCGUGAGAGGCAGAGAAGGGAGAGCGGAGUCCCCCAUCCCCUUACACCGAAAACAAAGUCUUCCAAGAGACCAUGUCCUCUUCACACAGCCGGGACAUCUCAGACUAUCAUGUCAGCGUGAUCCGUGAUCCUCCUGCCUGGGAGGUUGGUGUGUACCUCUUGGGGUUUAUGGUUCUACUUGGCAUAGUAGGAGUAAAUCUGUGGAAGCUAUGGAGGUCUGGCUCUUUCCCUGCUCCCUCACCAUACCCUAACUUCAAUUACCGCUACCUGCAGGAGAAGUAUGGCACUUCUUACUCGGAAGUCAGGCAGAAGUGCGUUGCAGCUUCUAACCACCGAAGAGCAUCAUCAGCAAGUCGUAAGCCCAGCCUGCAGCUGGCUGUCACGCCUGACGGCUUUCGCGAACUUGGCCCUCUGGAGCUGCUGAGCCGGGAGCUGGAGAUGAAACGCUCCGCCUCGGUUGACUCUCUGUGCUCCAUCUCAUCCAUUGCCCACACGUUUGGCCAUGAUGUCACCGUGGGACAACUGGAGGUGACGCUGGAGCUUGAGGCACAAACCUCACUACUACAUGUCACCCUGCUUCAGGCCAAAGACCUGCUGGAACAGGAGGAGGAGAAUUUUCCCGGCUGCUACGUCACUGUCACGCUUUUACCCGACGAGAUCAAUGUGGGCGUCACACGGAUUCAGAGCAACGCCUUCACCGUGAUGUUUGAUGAGCGUUUCUCUAUUCCACUGGAAGCAGCCGCUGUGGAGGAGUACAGCCUGCGCUUUUCAGCAUUCGGAGUGGACUUGGAUGAAAGGAACAUCAGUGCAGGGCAGGCUGAACUCAAACUGUCUGAUCUAGACCUGUCCAUAAGGCCUUUCAAUGCUUGGCUGUACCUUCAGGACAUCAAUAAGGCUGUGGAUGCUGUUGGAGAGAUUCUGCUCUCACUCAGUUACCUACCCACUGCUGAGCGCCUAACUGUGGUGGUGGCCAAAGCAAAAAACCUGGUCUGGACUAAUGGCAAAACCACUGCAGAUCCGUUUGUGAAGGUGUACCUCCUCCAAGACGGCAGGAAGAUCAGUAAGAAGAAAACCUCCAUAAAGAGAGACGAUACUAACCCUAUCUUCAAUGAGGCUAUGAUCUUCUCUGUGCCUGCCGUUGUGCUUCAGGAUCUCUCUCUAAGAGUCACAGUGGCUGAAAACACAGAAGACGGGCGUGGUGAAAACAUAGGUCAUGUGAUCAUCGGGCCAGAGGCAAGUGGCAUGGGCAUCACUCACUGGAACCAAAUGCUAGCGACUCUGCGCAAACCUGUCUCCAUGUGGCACCCGCUGCGGAGGACCUAAUCUGACUUCUGCCCCCCAUUCUCACCUGCAUGGUGCCUACUGUCUCCGUGACCCAAACAUGAAGACUUCUGAAAAGGUCAAGAGGUCAUUGUUAUUCAGGAAAACCAUUAUCUUUUAAAAGCAGUUGCACAGCCAGAGCAACAGAGCAGAUUGCAAGGGAAAGACUGAAACUCUGCCUGUCUCUGCUUUAAUUCCCAGGUCCUUUUAUCCAGGUUAAAUCUCUCUUCAUUUGUAGCAGUUAUAACAGGGUGGCUGACCUGAAUGAACAGCUGUCAACACUGCAUUGUAGUUUGUUUAGUUGUGUUAGGAAUUAGUGCAGCCACAUUCUAAUACCUACAAAUUAUUAUUCUUAUUAUAAGAGAUAUGUAUUAUUAUUAUUAUUAUUUAUUCGGUGUUCUGUGUGGUUUUAUAUUUUUACGCUCAGUAUAAAGCAAUAGAACACACCUGUAUGUAUGAUGGAGAGACUUUUAACCGUUUCUUUGUGAGAGUGAAGUAGUUCAAAAAAUAUCGAAAUAAGUUGUUAUUAAAGUGCAGUUACAUUCCAGUCCACCAGAGAAAUUCUGCAGUGGCAGUGAUGACAGUUAGAAAGAGAGACGAGCGGUUAAGGCUUUCUGUAGUAUUACGGUGGGAUGUGAAUGCAUUAAACAUGGAUUGUAUUUAUUUUCUUUUAGUUUUCACAUUCCUCCUGUACCCUAUGUUUGCCUGCACUUUGGACGUUUAUUACGAGUAUUAUUAAUCUCUUGUUGGAAGUGUUUGUUGAGUUUAUAAGUUUCUGCAGUUUUUUUUUUUUUUUAAUACAUUCUGUCUAGAGAGAUUUGUUAAAAAAAAACAACAACAAAAACAAAAAACAAAAAGGCUUGCCUCCAACCGUUAUUGACUACUAUGAGGAGUUUGGCAAUAAAAUUUCUCUCUUUCAGCGGAAAGCCAGUUAACAUUCACAUUCAGAUAACCGUAAAACACUAUAAACAUUCUGCUACAUAUAUCCUGCAGGCAAGUCUGCAGUCAAAGACAUGUUAAGAAAUAGUAUUCAACUAACCAGGUUCACAUUUUCUUAAUGUAGCCUACAGUACAUGACUAGCGUAAGUCAACUAUCUCAGUGCAGCAAGUGAGGUUUCAUUCUGUGCCAA